CUCCGCUAUAACUAAAGCGCAUCCCGCCUUCGGCCUUCCCCCCUCCCCUCCCCUCCCCUCCGAGCGAGCUCCCGAGCAGCAGCGGCGGCCGGCCUCCCUCCCCCUCUCCCUCGCGCGCGCCCCAGCCGCUCGCGCCGGUCCGCCCCUCCCCCUCCAGCGGCGUCGGCGGAAGGCAUUGCGCCGAGCAGUAACAGUCAUCACAGUCCAAGACAAUGGUUGCACAAGCCUUUACCGUCGAUUUGGAUAAGCCUCUUGUAUUUCAGGUUGGUCAUCUGGAGGAACAGUAUCAAGACUGGGUUCACCAGCCAAUUGUUAGCAAGGAGGGGCCACGGUUUUUUGCCAAUGAUGUAUUGGAGUUCUUAACACGUACGAAAUGGUGGGCAGUUCCUCUCAUUUGGUUGCCUGUUGUUUGCUGGUGCCUGAAUACAUCGAUCCAAAUGGGCCACACAGUUCCAGAAGUAGCGCUGAUGGUUGUGGCAGGAAUAUUUAUCUGGACACUGGUUGAAUACGUGCUACAUCGGUACCUGUUCCACAUAGAUACUAAAAGUUACUGGACAAACACGGCUCAUUAUCUUCUGCAUGGAUGCCAUCACAAGCAUCCAAUGGAUGGGCUUCGACUUGUAUUUCCACCAACUGCCGCAGCCAUCUUGUGCUAUCCGUUCUGGAAUUUUGUCAAGCUCUUCACAACUACAACUACCACUCCUGGCGUGUUUGGAGGUGGCCUGUUGGGUUACGUGAUCUAUGAUUGCACACACUACUACCUGCAUCACGCCCACCCUUCAUUCGAUCCAGCAAAAUAUCUCAAGAAAUACCAUCUGAACCAUCACUUCAGAAUCCAAAACAAGGGCUUUGGAAUAACAUCAACCCUGUGGGACCAUGUGUUUGGAACGCUGCCUUCAACGAAAACCGCCGGCAAGAGCUCUUGAGUUGUUGUACCGCCUUGCAGUGCCAGAAUCAAGACUGUCCAAUGGUUGAUAACGGAUUGAACGGACGGAUGAACAAACAAUUAAUCGGAGACGUCACUGAAGUGCUUACAUCCUCACUGAUGUGUCGCGAAUAGAGUGGUUCCAGACUUGAGCAUAUGUUGUCAUGUGUACAGAGGUUUUUCUAUCUAAAUAGUAUAGCACCAGCGUCGUUCAUUUGUGGCUGUUGGUGGCCAGUAUAAUUUUUGGGACAAAUUAAGUAAUUGCAUUGCUUGAUAUAUUUGUAAGUUUCACCAGCUUUGCUAGUAUUCAGCGAACCAUUCGGUUUUCUUUC